UGUACGUGGAUUGUAAGAAUUAACCAAUCACAGUUGAAUAUUCUCCUAUUUGGCAAUGAUUGGUGAAUUUUUUAUAAUUACAACUACUUACAACUACAUUUAUGCAAUUGUAGAACAGAUUUUAGGUGCACACAGAUAAAGAGUGACUUUCUGACUCCUUCAUUUUCAUGGACCACGUCAAGUCAAACAUCCACGAACAUUCUUAACGUGAAUAAUUGUCCUUAUCUGCGCCUAAUAAAAUCCCGAGACAUCUUUAUCUGUAUCUUUGACAUAGGUCAGUUGAAGGACUGAUUACUCGCGGAUAUUAUGAGGACAAUAUAUCUUUUAGCCAUUAUCUCUGUUCUCGUAAUACUCCAUGAAGUCGAAAGCGGAUUAUAUGGUUCCAAACAUUACAAGACGAAUCAGAAAUUGACAGAAUUAGCAGCCAAGAAUCAAUCACAACCGCUUUCAGGUCGGAAAAUGAUUGUAUCAGCCUGGGGUAUUAUCGGAUUAAUUGUAGGCGCUAUCAUAUUCAGUACGAUAACUUAUUACAUCUUUCUAUUGUAUCCAUAUAUAUGCAAAAAGGAUGCAAACUAUGAUAUCAUAGAAUUAGCAGAUGUUAAUUCUGUGUCUACUGUUAGUGACAAUGUUAAUGUUAACAAUGUAUCACGUCCAUUGAGAGCAUUUUGCGAUUCAAAUGAUGUAUCAAAUGACAUAUCAAAUGAUGCACCAUUAAAACGAUAGACCUGAAAAGAAAACAUAAUUUAGAUCUGUAUUCAUAGUUGAUUCUUAUACUUAAGACUGUCUGAAGUAUAGUCUUAAGACAGUUUUGAAAUAAGAAUGGAUUAUGAAUACCAGCCACAGACAUUUAUUUUACAAGUACAGUUACAUCUUCACUCAGAGUAAUAGUAUUUUUAUACGAGUUUAAAGCAAUUAAGUCUUAUA